GGUUACUUCCCAUGUUGAUGAUUUUUUCCCAUGGCCUGACCACGGCGACCGCUCAGUCUCCCACGACAACUGAAACCACUACAACAGCUGCGGAGACAACAGCUGCAGACACUACAACAGCUGCCGACUUUACAACGACAGCUCCUGUUACUACGACAGCUGCGGACACAACAACAACAGCUGCAGACACUACAACAACAGCUGUGGACACCACAACAACAGCUCUGCAGACACUACAACGACAGCUGUGGACACUACAACGACAGCUGUGGACACUACAACGACAGCUGUGGACACUACAACGACAGCUGCAGACACUACAACGACAGCUGCAGACACUACAACAACAGCUGCGGACACAACAACAGCUGCAGACACUACAACAGCUGCAGACACUACAACAACAGCUGCGGACACAACAACAGCUGCAGACACUACAACAGCUGCAGACACUACAACAACAGCUGUGGACACUACAACAACAGCUGUGGACACUACAACGACAGCUGUGGACACUACGACAGCUGCAGACACUACAACGACAGCUGCAGACACUACAACAACAGCUGUGGACACUACAACGACAGCUGCAGACACUACAACGACAGCUGCAGACACUACAACAACAGCUUGCGGACAACAACAGCUGCAGACACUACAACAGCUGUGGACACUACAACGACAGCUGCAGACACUACACCAACAGCUGUGGAAAGCUGCAGACACCACAAUACGACAGCUGCAGACACUACAACAACAGCUGCAGACACUACAACGACAGCACUGGACACUACAACAACAGCUGUGACACUACAACAACAGCUCUGGACACUACAACGACAGCUGCAGACACUACAACGACAGCACUGGACACUACAACAACAGCUGUGGACACUACACAACAGCUGUGGACAUUACAACGACAGCUGUGGACACUACGACAGCUGCAGACACUACAACAGCUGUGGACACUACACGACAGCUGCAGACACUACAACAGCUGCGGAGACAACAGCUGCAGACACUACAACAGCUGCCGACUUUACAACGACAGCUCCUGUUACUACGACAGCUGCGGACACUACAACGACAGCUGUGGACACUACGACAGCUGCAGACACUACACAACAGCUGUGGACACUACAACAACAGCUGCGGACACAACAACAGCUGUGGACACUACAACUACAGCUGCAGACACUACACAACAGCUGCAGACACUACAACGACAGCUUGCAGACACUACAACAACAGCUGCAGACACUACAACAGCUGUGGACAUUACAACGACAGCUGUGGACACUACAACAACAGCUCUGCAGACACUACAACGACAGCUGCAGAUACUACAACGACAACAACAGCUGUGGACACUACAACGACAGCUGCAGACACUACAACAACAGCUGCGGACACUACAACGACAGCUGCGGACACAACAACAGCUGUGGACACUACAACAACAGCUGCAGACACUACACAACAGCUGUGGACACUUACAACGACAGCUGUGGACACUACGACAGCUGCAGACACUAACAACGACAGCUGCAGGACACUACAACGACAGUGCAGACACUACAACGACAGCUGUGGACACUACAACGACAGCUGCAGACAUUACAACAGUUAUAGACACUACAACGACAGCUGUGGACACUACAACGACAGCUGUGGACACUACAGCAACAGCUGUGGACACUACAACGACAGCUGCAGACACUACAACGACAGCUGUGGACACUACAACGACAGCUGCAGAUACUACAACGACAACAACAGCUGUGGACACUACAACAACAGCUGUGGACACUACAACACUGCAGACACUACAACGACAGCUCUGCAGACACUACAACGACAGCUGUGGAUACUACAACAACAGCUCUGUGGACACUACAACGACAGCUGCGGACACUACAACGACAGCUGCAGACAUUACAACAGUUAUAGACACUACAACGACAGCUGCAGACACUACAACGACAGCUGCAGACACUACAACAACAGCUGCAGACAUUACAACGACAGCUGCAGACACUACAACGACAGCUGCAGACACUACAACGACAGCUGUGGACACUACAACAACAGCUGUGGACACUACAACGACAGCUGCGGACACUACAACGACAGCUGCAGACAUUACAACAGUUAUAGACACUACAACGACAGCUGCAGACACUACAACGACAGCUGUGGGUACUACAACCGCUGCUGAAACUACAACUGUUGUGGACACUACAACAACAGCUGUAGACACAACAAAUGGUAUGGACAAUACAACAAUAGCUACGGACACUACAACUGUUGCGGACAAUACAACAAUAGUUACGGACACUGUGGGCAAUACAACAACUCCAGACACUACAACUGUUGUGGGCAAUACAACAAUAGCUACGGACACUACAACUGUUGUGGGCAAUACAACAAUAGCUACGGAGACUACAACUGUUGUGGACAAUACAACAAUAGCUACGGGCACUACAACUGUUGUGGGCAAUACAACAAUAGCUACGGAGACUACAACUGUUGUGGACAAUACAACAAUAGCUACGGAGACUACAACUGUUGUGGGCAAUACAACAAUAGCUACGGAGACUACAACUGUUGUGGACAAUACAACAAUAGCUACGGACACUACAACUGUUGUGGGCAAUACAACAACUCCAUACACUACAACUGUUGUGGACAAUACAACAAUAGCUACGGACACUACAACUGUUGUGGACAAUACAACAAUAGCUACGGACACUACAACUGUUGUGGACAAUACAACAAUAGCUACGGACACUACAACUGUUGUGGACAAUACAACAAUAGCUACGGACACUACAACUGUUGUGGACAAUACAACAAUAGUUACGGACACUACAACUGUCGUGGACAAUACAACAAUAAUUACGGACACUACAACUGUUGUGGACAAUACAACAACUCCAUACACUACAACGACUAUCGGUACAAUUUUCACUGAGGGCACUGCAACCACAUACAGAACGACUUUCACUGAGGGCACUGCUUUCACUACAACCACCUCCACAACGACUACUGAAGCAACGACCACUACAAGGAAGCCCUGUAGGAAAGGCUGCAAGAGAGGACGCAGACUGUUACUUCAGAUCAUGCAAAAAGCAUCACUCGGUUGUGAUAAACCGUAAAACACAUCAAGAAGAUGUGAAUCAGGAGCUCUCUAAAUCUAAAGAGAUGAUGUUCUCCAAAUAAA